CUCGACAACAUGGCAGCCCACCUCCGCAGAGGCUCAACCUUGGCAAUUGAGUCCUGGGAUGACGACGAAGACUUUACGCUCGAUACCCAAGCUCCGCCGACGCUGCCACCUGCCAAGAUGACUUCAUCACCACCAGCAGCGCCAGUGGUUGUGCUGGAGGCAGAUGCCCUAGACGACUUCCCAGACUCAGACGACGGCGAUUUCGAGGAAGAUUUCGAGUUACCCGUCACGGGUAUCAACGCAGCUGUAGUCGUGGAGAAAGCCAGGAAUGUCGGGAUCUCCUUACCGGUAAAUGCCCCGGCAUCAGCAUUUACCUCCGGUACAAUCACAAAACUCGGAUCAGGGAACGUGAAGGUGCCGGUACUCGAAUAUGAUGACUGGGAAGAAGAAAUCGACUUAUCAGGAUUGGAGUUAUCGGCCUUCGAACCACUAGAAUUGAAGCCAGGAUUACGGUCAAGACAGGCGUCUGUCGCAUCAACCACCUCGUUCGGGAGUCCGAUCACAGAACCAGCGGGUCCGAAGAGUGCGGCAUACCAGAGAUUACAGAGUAUCCGACCACGGACUAUUCCCACGAAGGCAAUGCAGGCAGAGGCAGAAGUGGAGGUAGAGGCAGAAGUGGAAGACAUGGCCGACGAAUUCGACCUUCCCCCCGACUUCGACCUCAUGAAAGCCAUCUCAACCCGACAAAUGCCUUCCUCCUCCACCCCCAAACACCCCGCACCUUCAGACCCCGACCACGAGGAACGAGAAGAUUGGGGAGAGGGAAGUUUAGGGAUCAGGACAGCCCGCUCGAAUCGCAGCUCGAUGACAUCCGCAGCUGGGUUUAGUCCCGGAUUGAGUACGGGGAAUAAUACGAUGAGUGAGAGUGAUGAUGAGGGGGUGUUCGGUGGGUUGUUGUUGCCGCAUCCGGGGUUUGAUUUUAGGGCUGCGUUGGCUAAGAGGCAGGCACAGUCGAAGGUGGAGGCCUUGGGGGUGAAGAGUCCGCUACUGACACCGGAUGUGGAGGAGGAUGAUUUGGAGAGUGGGCUAGAGAUCACGGAAGAUGCCUUCAACCCGGCAAAGCUGGAGAAGAAGAAAAUUACGAGAAGAGAUGGUGGAGCAGCGAAGAUUAGUCUGGUCAAGAAUGUGCAGAUGGAGUUGAGGUUCACCCCGUCCCCCGCUCCUGGACCGAGUCGUAUACCCAAGUUGAAGGCCUCGACGCCGGAUUUGAGGAGUGCGGCAAGAGGGGGUUGGGGGAUGGGCACGCCCUUAUCCACGACUCGUGUUCCACCUCCGGCUACGCGGGUUUCAAGUUCAGGUGGCCCCCUCGUCCCACCACCACCAAAAGAGAACCAAAAACCCCUCACAAAGAAACAAUCAAUGUUAACCCUCCGCCAACCCACCCUUACCCCCCGCACCUCAACCCCAAACCUCCGCGCCUCGUCCUCAAUCUCCUCUCUCCGCACCGUCUCCGCCUCGCACGCCUCCAAUCCCUCUCGCGUCCCGACAGUCCAGGUCCCGCAGAGGAGUGUGAGUAGUAGGUUUACGCCUGCGAGGAGUAUGACGCCGAUUGUGGAUACCGCUACCGAUACACCGACGCAGAGCAGGCCGCCGUUGUUCUUUGCGGGUGGGAUUGUGGGGGGCAGGAGUCAUCAUGCUGCACUCAGGCAUCAACAUCGUGAGCCGAGCUACGAUCGGGAUCGAGCACCAUCCGCGCUGAGCAUGCGUUCCCCCAACGAGAGACAAGGUGCGGGAUCGUUGAGGUUAGCCCCGCCGAAGAGGUACGGGGAUGGUACAGAGUUGGAUCGGUUCGAUGAUUUGGCUGUUAGUCCGGCUGUGGAGAGGAAGUUCAUGGUGUCGACUGUUAGUAGUCGUGGGUUGGAGAAGAAGGCAAGUGUGCAGCAGUUGCGGACGAAGCAGUCUAUUCCGCAACUUCGGACCAAAAAAUCCGGGUUUCUGCAGAAGGCACUGCCGGCCGUGCCACCAAACGCCGUGGCACAACGCGCUCCACCCCCACCGGCACAAUCGGCGAGGGUACCUUCUCCGGCGAAGAUCUCGACACUACCAUUUACCCCAAUCCAACCACGCCCCUCACGACCCCGGGCGGUGGGUAAGCUCCCGAAUGACAAACUCCCCAAACUCAUACAAAACCUCGGCGCGACCAAUACCGCGAAAACAAUCAACGGAAUGCACUACAAUCCCCGCACCUUUAAGUGGGAAGGGAACAGCGAUGAUACGACGCUAGUGGGCUUCAGUGCGAAGGAGAAGGGUGCGAGUCCGCGGCCGGCGUUGAUAUCGAAUUGGAUGGGAGGGAUGGGAGCAGCGGGGGUGAGGCAGAUUGUCGGCGGGAUGGUGUGGGAUCCCAAAGAGUUACGGUGGGUUAACAAUAAGAACGCAGAUGGGGAAGACUCGGAGGACGAGGAUCCGUUCGAAGGCAUUGAAGACAUCAAGAGUGAGGAAACCGCACAAGAGGGAUGGCGAGGGAGUGUAGGCCGAGCUGGACUCGGUCAUAGUGGAGAUUUCUUUGUUGGUGAGGAGUUUGAUCUCGGACCUAACUUUAUUCGGUUCCAGAAGAAUGAGGAGAAGGUUUGGCAGGAUGUUGUCGAGGGGCAUAUUGGGGAGGCGUGGAGGGAACGGAGGGAUCUUUGGGCUGUGCUUGAGACGCUUCUGAAGAUCAAAUCUCGUCGAUCGGAUUUUCACUAGGCAGCACACCGGGAAACAAAUGAGAAUGAGGAUCAGGGUCAGGGUCAGAGACGGAAGAGAUAUAUUUCUUGGUUGUAAUGGUGGUAUAUUUUACGCGGGAAGUGUGGCAAUGGGCGUUCUAUGCUUUAUCUUAUAUCCUUUAGUUGCAAUUCCUUGAAAA